GGCGGCGCCAUCCCGGUCCCGGUGCGGGCCGCAGCGCCGGCGCUGUGGCGCGGACAGCGCUACGGGUGAUACCGGGCAGAGCGCUGCGGCCCGGCCGGCACUGCGCGGCGCUCUCCGCCAGGCGGGGCAGCGGUAACCUUCAGCGCCGGCCGGGGCCCGAGGGCUCUCCGUAACAGGUGUUGGGAAUGGCCUUUUAGCGGCGGCAGGUGACGGGCUCGUCGCGCAGAGGGCCGGCUUGCUGCGGCACCGGUGUUGGCAGGGCCCGCGGGACCCCUGCGUUUGUCCCCUUCUGCGUUCUGUUGUUGCCGGGAGCUCGGGUUACCUCUGGAGCAGUUACUGAAAUCAUGAAUCCUGUGUAUAGCCCUGGAUCUUCUGGGGUUCCCUAUGCAAAUGCCAAAGGAAUUGGUUAUCCAGCUGGCUUCCCCAUGGGCUAUGCAGCGGCUGCUCCUGCCUAUUCCCCUAAUAUGUAUCCUGGAGCAAAUCCUACCUUCCAAACAGGUUAUACACCAGGAACCCCAUAUAAAGUAUCUUGUUCACCCACUAGCGGAGCAGUGCCACCGUAUUCGUCAUCACCGAAUCCCUAUCAGACUGCUGUGUACCCAGUUCGAAGUGCCUAUCCACAGCAGAAUCCAUAUGCACAGCAAGGCACUUACUACACACAGCCUUUAUAUGCAGCACCACCCCACGUAAUUCACCACACCACGGUUGUGCAGCCUAAUGGCAUGCCAGCAACUAUGUAUCCUGCUCCAAUUCCACCACCAAGAGGAAACGGUGUGACUAUGGGGAUGGUGGCUGGGACUACUAUGGCAAUGUCAGCAGGUACUUUGUUGACAACUCAUUCCCCAACUCCAGUAGCCCCUCAUCCAGUUACUAUGCCCACGUAUCGGGCUCCGGGAACACCAACCUAUAGUUAUGUGCCCCCACAGUGGUGAUCAUCUGGCAGUCAGCGUUUGAAGAUGGGAGAUAUGCAAUCAAGAAAUUGAGGUUUAAAAGUUGGUGCUGAAGCCCUCAUGCCUCCAACCAGGACUUUCCUUCUGAAUGCUUUCAACACUUGGCUAAACACUACUAAUUCCUGAUCACUGAAGAUUUUCCAGUGCUGCAUAUCUUACAUCUUGGAACUCCAGCAGUUAGUCUUAAAGCAAAUCCUGUUUUGUGGACUGUCUUGCAAUUUUUUAGCUAAUUAUAAAGAUAAAAAGGGAGUAUAAAUUUAUUCUGAUCCAUAUCUAGUUGAAUGCAUGUUAAAACACAAAAACAAAGCUUGCUCAAUCUACCUGCAGUGACUGAUGCAAAAACCAUCAUAUGCAAAUCCAAAGGAACCGAAAAGUAUUUUACAACUUGUAUCACUAAUGCACUGUUGUAAUAUAUGCAGGGUCUUAAGAGGUAGAAUCAUGAGUUUCUUUAUAGAAUACCUAAUAUACAUUAGAUAAGUGCAUCAGCCUUUUUCAGGUUGAUGGAGUUGCCAGUUUAAAAGGGGCAUAUUUUUAUUUAAGUGAUGUAUUCUUUUCAAAUUCAACUACUAAAUUGGAGUGACUGGAAAAUUAGUCAGACAAGCUGUAGAAAUCCCGCACACAGUUAGUUUACUUCAUACCUUUUCAUUUUCAUUGUAUGGAUUCAGUGUUAUACAGAUGUUCUUAAGGAUCAGAAUGAAAUGACAAAGGUAAUGCUGUGUGUGCCAGUAAAUAAAGCAAACUUCCUUGAGGCAAAACUGGUUCUUAGGAAUAGUAGGGGGUGAUGUCACCUGCAUAAUGAAUUGCAUGUCCUGGGGAGAUAUAUAUCCAGUACUAUCUUUCAUAUGUUGCGAGAUGUGUCAAAGUGAGACUGCCACACAGACUGAUAGAAAAACACUUUCUUUUAGUUCUCAGUUCAGGAAAUCCAUGCUGUUUUUCGUAAAGAAUGUUGUAGUCAGUUGAAAAUGUAUGUGCAGUUGAUCCAGCUUGCUUUCCGGAAACUUAAGAAAUGUUAGGGCUUUCUACAACAAACAGGAGUUCAGCUGCAUGUUAUUCUGAGGAAAGCUUGUGUGCCUGAUGAGUAUGUUAAAGGGGAACAAAUCAUUUUAACACAAUUUCCUUAUUAGCUACUUGCAGUAAGGACUAUGGCUAUGCUGUAGUAGGGCUGCCAGAAUAGUGAAGUUUCAAAUAGUUGUUCUCUUUUUUUCUUUUUUCCUUUUUUUUUUUUUUUUUAAUUUUUCCUGAAAAUAUUUGUAUUUGAAGUGGGAGUUACUUGUUGGUUACAGCAUUUUGAUGUGUUUUCUUAGUAUUUUCUUUUUUUACUUCCUAAAUUGCACUUGGAAGCAUGUGAAAUAAGACUUGACUGCAGAUUAGCAUUUCAUUGCAAUGAGUCAUUUGUGAUAUUCUUUCUUGCAACUUCAAUUUUUAAAAGUACCUCAAAGCAAAUGCUGUGGGAUAAAGGGCUAGCCUUAGAACCCAUUUGUAUACCAAAAUUGCUACGGGGGAGAUUUUAAAUUUUUAAAUUUGAAUAUUGCACAUUUAAAAUCAAGGGUUUUCUUAAACCUACUUGACUUUACGAUUCCAGAAAGAUGCGAUUUACUUUUUUUGGAUGCAUUCUGCCUGCAAUAAAUAACGCAGUAAAUGGUUAUAAAAUGUUGUUCCCUUUUAAUCGUUUACACAGAGGUGUGUCAGGCUGUGUUGUUCUUGUAGGUUAACUUCCAUUCAGAAGUCAGUUUUUUUUAAAGUUGUAUAUCUAGUUACGCUUUGUUUUGGGGUGUUCUGCUCCUAUACAGAUUUGGCAGCUACUUCAGGGUAGCAUCAGUGCUGACUUAAUGCUGCCAUUCCAGUACUCUGCCCUGGUGGGAGGCUUACGUACCUUCACGACCUGUUGGUAGUUAAAGCCUUCAGUAAUUUUAUUUUAUAGUAAGCACUCUCCAUAUUUUGUACUUCCUUUUUUUUUUUUGUUGUUGUUUAAUAAAGUUUAGGUUUAUUUUGCAUGAAUCACUGUCAGUGAACGGCCCCCUUAUUUCUAAUGCCUUGAACAUAACUGCGUUGUUGGAAUAAGUACUUUAAACCUUACUCAUGAGCACUUACUGCUGCUUAGGGAUUUCCAUAUGUUUUUAUGUGGAGCAGAAAAUUGCCCCAGACAAACUUAAUUGAAUCUGUACUGCUUCAUUCAAGUCUGUUUAACAAUUCCAUUUGUGAAGUAGAUUUGCAGCUUUGAUUAGUCAGGUGUGCCAGAGAGUACAGUGAACAUUAAUACAGGCCAUUUGUCCAUUUUAGCUAGUAGAGAGUGACAUUUUGUUGUCUUAGCAUGACUUGUAAAAAGAGCUGAGGUAUGAAACCGUGCUAUAUUGGGGAGAAGCUAUAAAGAACAAGCUCAAAGCUUUGCUGUCUCCUGUCUCAUCACCCAUUAAACUAAAGCUUUGAAAAUAGGAGAGAACUUUCAUGAAUGCUGCAAUAGAUAAAUAGUUAAGGAAUGAAUAUAACUUCCUAUGUAUUCGCUCUAACUUCAGAUUCCUAUAUGUCAUCUUGGAAAUGGUCUCUGUGUAAUAUUCCAUAACAUUUAGGCAGUCUCACUUACUUGAGCACUUUUAUUUCUAAGUUGCAUUAUGGGAUUCAUCCACGAGAGGGAAACUGUACCUUUUUUAAAAGGUACCACACCUCCCAGUUUUGAUUAUAAUCUACUGGGAGGGUUGAUAUGGAAAGUAACCAAAAGCACAGUGCAGGGGGACGGGGGGGGAAUACGUGUAUAUAUAACUAUCUUAAUGGUAUUUUGUUGCAAAUAGUAGAAAGCAUGGAUAGAAAACUGCAGCGGGGGAAACUGUACAUCAUUAAAUAGGCGUUUACACAGUGAGGGUCUUAUGAAACAUUCUCUCCUGCUUUUUAUAUAACAUUCCCUAUUUAGAAUUCCUUUAUAAAUAAAUACGCAGUAUGUGUUUGCACUAGAGCUCCUCAGCAAAAGAAAAGAGCUAGUGCCAUAGAGACAUUUCAGAUCAAGCUUCUCUUAAAAAAAAAAAAAAAAAAAAAAAAAAAAACUACAAAAAAACCUUUUAUGGCAGCUUUAUAUGAUUAAACAAAUAAAAGUACUACUUUAAACCUGGAACUGAAAAUAACUGUUGCAGCAAUAACAAAGAGAAGUCUGAGAAAGUUUUGGGUUGGUUGUUUUUGGUUUGGUUUUUUUUUUUAAUUCCAAUUUUAGGUGUUGAAUUUAGAUAAAGUAUUUUUUAAAAACUGAGGUAUUCCCUAUGUCAGUAAGAACCGAUUAAAAUGUCUUUUACAUGUAGCAGCAGCAAAAAAUGGCUCGUAAUUGGCACCAAAACCAUGUAGCCCUAGUCGGUGGUGUGGUGGUUAUUAAUGAAACACAAGGAAGGAAAACAGAGAAGCUACUACUAGACCUUGUUUAUGCUUGUUGUAACCAUCUCCUGUUUGAAGUUUUUAGGAGACACACAAGGAAUGCUGUUCAAGAAAGCUUCGUUUUGAGUGUACUAUGCAAGUUAAAUGCUUAGAUGCAGUGGUAGAUGAAGAAAAUCCUUUCUUUUAGCUGAAGUCCUUCCUUGUAUUGCUUCAUCCACUGAAAAACAAAAAAAAUCCCAAACCGCCACCCGUAAGUACCACCAUGUCUUAGUGUUGUCUGAGAAUAGUUCAUGGUACAGUUGUAUACCAGGGUACUCAACAUUGACUACUCUUUACAGAGCAUUCUGGCUUCACUGCUGCUUGGGUAGUGAGGCCACUUAAGAUACCUGAGCAAGAGAUGGUCAGAACUGACCUGGAAUCAUCCCCCAGUGCUUAAGCACAGUAUUAUACACCAUUCACCUGGGUUUAGAACGUAAUUUUGAUUGAACAGGUAAGCACAGCAAUCUGAUACCACCACUUAACUAUAGGCUUAAACUCCUGCCAGAGUGUAGUAAAUGUCAUGUAUGUGAAAUCUCUCAUCUUAGGAGCAUGAACAAUAGUGUUGCUUCAGCUGGAACCUGGGGAAAGAGGACAGAUGCUGUGGUUGUUGAAUGGUUGGUCGCAGUUGCCCGGGAUGUGGUUUGUGCAGUAGUCAGUAGGAAAUAGGCGUGAUCCAUAUCCCGCCUUCUCCAGCAGGUGUCACUGGCCGACCUUGGCAUGUGCGGAGAGUCACACGCAAUCCAUUAAUCCUCCUGUCGAAGUGUUUGUGAAUACCUCUCGUUAUCAAGUGUCAGCUUUCUAAUCUGUAUUUUAUCUACUCUAAGCUUCCUGCACAGACCCUUAGAUUUGAGGAGGUAGAAUGCCAGUUAACAGGAACAACUGCAGCAAAGCUAAGAUAGUUUUAUGGAUCAAGCUUUGCCAAGAAUCUAGUUCAUUCUGAGAUCUCUAAAGUAGUGAGGACUCUUUUAGCAGGCUGUGUACACCUCUGGGGGGGUGUUGAGAGAAAAUGAGGUGUGGUGGUGUAGACAGAAGAGAGGGAAGAAGGAAUAGCGCUUAUCUGGGGACAAGGAAACCUUUUCUUGGGUGGGUUGGAUAUAACACUGAAACACCUGAAUUCCACAGGUAGUAAGGGUCCAUUCCUGAUUUAAAAGAAAAUACUCAGUGAUUUAUGGGCUCUGAAGUUUCAACAUCCAGAAAGUGAACGUGACUUUUCUAAACUGUUGUGACUUUUGGGCACUUAGCAGGCAAACUGGGAAAGCUUUUUUAGCUGGCUGCUGUACAGACUUGUUUUAAGUAGAAUGGAUUUGUUAGUGGGAUUUUUUUUAGUUGUAAUGCUAUUAUUGGCUGCCCUCCUAUCUAAGAUUUGAAAAAGUGAGUGCAUGCAAUGGAAGUACAAGAGGCCCCAGUAAUAGUUCUCCAUGUUUGUUAUGAAAUAGACACAGGUUUCCUUUUUAUGACUUUUUUUAAAACUGUCUUAGGAACAGUUGUAUUGGUACUUUUUUAAGUUUAGGUCAAUGUUGUCUUCCAGAAUAAGUUUUAAGGCAUCACUCACUUCUGCAUUAAACUAUUGCAUCAACACAAAGAGUGGAGAUUCCAUUCUGAGCCAGUUCAAUUGUGAAAAUUCAUACUUUUUUAUUUUUUAUGCAAUUCAAUGAGUAGAUGAGCUCAGAUUUAAAUUCUUAAAAGCACGUUUAUUGUAACAAGAAUUGUUAUGUAUUAAUACUUCAGUUUUCAAUAAAGAUUGACUUGUGUUGCU